GGAGCUGUUGACACUGUCAGGAUAUCAGUAGGGAAAGGUGGUACCAAGUUUGCACAUGUGAGAUUUGUKGAGGCAGAGUCUGUUGAUAUAGCUGUAACCUACAGUGGAUAUAAACUYUACUUAGGAACAGGAAAUGAAAGUUUUGGAGGACGGAUACAUAUUGACUAUGCAAAGUCCAGAGAAGAUGAGAAGGAGUAUGAAAUCAUGCUAAGAGCAAAGGAAAGGGAAGCAAGGCAYAUGAAGAAUGACAUGGAGAAACCUUUGAUAAUGUAUUCAGAAAGUGCUGCAUCRGAACUUAUGCAAAGCAUUCGUUCAACCUCAGGUUUCCAUGARUCUUUUCAAACGCUGGCACAAUGGCUUGAGAGAGGUGAAUGUACAAGAAGAACCUCAUCAACUUUCUACAACUUGUURAGUGCUGUCCAUAACCACAUCAAGAGACUUGUCAAAGAGAAAAAAGAGCAUGAAGAAAUCGUGGAAAGGCAGAAGGUUGAGCAAGAAGAAAGAGCAAAACUUAUGAUGGCUCAAGGCACUGCUAUCAUGAAAAUMUUCCAAGCAGCAUCAAAGAAGAGAUGUUGGGAUCAUUUCAGCAAGGCUCAGAGAAGAAACAUUGAUGAUUGGCAUCAGCAAGUGGAAAAGGAAAUAAAAAUAAGUGAAGAAGAACAAUUGGAGAAACGUGAGGAGGUAGGUAUGGAUCUUGAUGAUGAUCAAGAACACAGCGAAAUCAAAUCAGAACCCACCAGCAGUCUAGUAGACAAUGAGGAAACAGGUGAACCAAUGGCAAAGCAGGCUAAAACAGAAUCAGAAGAAGCCACACAGGCUGCUUUAGAAGCACAGGACAUCAAGUUUCGAGCGCAAAAUGCAAGCUUGAGAGCUCUUGCUGAAAAAAAUGCAUCACUCAUGGGGGAAGUGGAGGGUUACAAGAAGGAAAUUGUAGACCUUAAGCAGAAAUUUGCCAGUGUAUUUCAAGACAAGGAUUUGCAGAUUGCAAGGUUAAUGACUGCUGUACAAGGAUUGCAAAACUUCCUUCAAAAUGUUACUUUGAAUACACCAGAGAUAAAUCCCACUGAUAUCGAAGUAGAGGUUGAUAAAGAAAGUAAAGACGUUAGUAAUAACACGGGACAGACUACUGUUGAGCAAAGUUCUCAAAUUCAACAAACCUCAAUAGAACAACUUUCAAGUGAUCAGAAUGAAGAACCAACAGAGAAUGAAAAACCACCGGAAAAAGUWGAGCAAAAGAAAGCAAAGAACGAAGGUAAAAGAGGACCUCGAACGCGAAGACGAGGAAGGAAGAAGGAGAAACAAAUAACAGAGGAGGAGGUUGUAGAGGAAGUGGAUAACAAGGCAGAAACUGUCACAGAUGCUACAGAAUGCUCAGUCUCCUUAACGAUUGACUUGGCGAAUCCUGCUGACGGGGACGUAGACAAYUUGACCAAGGAUGUUAGUCACUCUCAAAGCGCAUAUAAUCCUGGUGUUGUACGCUUGACAAGCCAAGACAUGACAGUCGUUGGGCUUCUUUGUUCCUAUCUUCAAGUUUGUCCCUAUGGGGCCACCACUGAGCAGGUGCUUAACCACAUACAGCGCCAUGUACCUGGAGUCACCACAGAAGGACUGGCGCUUAUUCUUGACGGUCUUCCAAUGAUAUUUGUAGGAGAUGGUUUGGAAUUUUAUAGUAAAACCUGGAAAUUUAAACAAGUACUGACAUAAAUGAAUAUAUUGAAAACAAACCAUGAAAAAAACGUUUAACAAACUAGUCUAGCAUUUGAAUGUUCAGUUUUACUAAUUUUUGACGCAAAGUCUUUUGACAAUAUUUAACAUGUUAAUCUUUUUUUUUUCUUAUUUUUUGGCUGAAUUUUUUUUUGGAAAUAAAGUAUAUACCUGUCAU